GUUUGAAUUAUUUGAUGAAACGAAAGAGACAGUCAAAGGAUUUUGCAGCGGGGGCCGGAAGGUUGGUUGCCACUUUUACAAUUUGCGUUUUUCUCUUCCCCUUGCCAUUUAUGAAUUAUUAUAUAAAAUGAGUGGGUUCAAACAUUCCAAGCCAAGUGCCAUAUCGAACUAAAAUUAUUGAUUUGUUUUUACUUUGGGUCCAACUCACACUGUUUUUUCACGCUACGUAUCGUGGGCAAUCGAAUUCAUUUUAAAGCUUGAUUUUUAUGGCCAAACAUGUUGAUUGGACAAACAAGAUGGCGAAAAACGUAAAAAAUGAAUGGAGAGCAGCGCGAAAACUUGUGGAAAAAAAGAGCACCACCCUUUAUUUUAAACGCGAUUCCAAUUUAUUUUUAUAUACUUUUAUUCCCCUUUUUCGAUUUUGGCAAAUCAUUUCGCAAUUUAUUCAAGAACUUUGUUUAUUUCUAAGCUAUGCCUCCGACCAAGCGUGGGCAGAAGCGCGAGCCCAACCACACGGUAGUCGAACCUGAACCCAACAAUAAACACAGUAUAGACAGCGACGACGACAACAGCGAUCCUGACGCCUCGGAGGAUAUUCCAAUCUCAAAGAAGCGCGGAAGGAGAGCAGCGAACGACAACGGCAACUGCAGCAACGAAACCCAGCACAAUUCCAAUGAAUACCGGGCUGGCUCGAUAAUGCACAUUUCGCUGCGCAAUUUCGUCACAUACGACAGUAUCGAACUGUCGCCUGGGCCCAACAUGAACAUGAUCAUUGGACCCAACGGCACCGGCAAGAGCACGAUUGUGUGCGCCAUAGCGCUUGGGCUGGGCGAGAAGACGUCGGUGCUCGGCAGAGCCAAGGACAUAUCGGAGUUUGUCAAGCACGGGCAUGAGCGGGGUCAUAUUGAGAUCACCCUGGCAGGGCACGGCGGGGCGACUGCGGGCGACAGCGGCGUGGUGAAGAUUGCGCGCGAGAUCAUCCGCGAGGGCAACAAGUCGACGUGGCAUAUUAACGGGCGCCACGCUACGGCAACGGAGGUGGCGAGGACGACGCGCGAGCUGCAGGUGCAGGUUGGCAGCCUGUGCCAGUUCUUGCCGCAGGACAGGGUGGUCGAGUUCUCAAAGUUGUCGCCGCAGGAGCUGCUCAGGGAGACGCAGGUGGCUGUAGGCCGCGAGGACCUCAAGAGCCUGCAGGCCGAGCUUGCGGUCAAGCGCGCGCAGGAGAGACAGGUGAUGGAUGGGAUCCAGCGGUCGGCGCAGGACACGCAGGAUCUGCGCAAGAAGAACGAGCUGCUCGAGCGCGACGUGCAGCGGUGGCAGGAGCGCCUGGCGGCCGAGUCGCAGCUGCGCAUACUGACAGCCCUCGUCCCGGUGGCGCGCUACACUGAGGCAAAGGCCGGCCAUGACCGCGCCAAGGAGGCGCGUCGGCUCGCCCUUGCUGCCUACCAGCAGGCAAUGAACGCAACGGGCCCUGCCGAGGAGGAGCUUGAGGAGCUCGAGGCCAAGAUCGCCAAGAGCGAGAACCAGCGGCGCCAGCUUUCGGGCAGGCGCGAGACGCUGGAGCGCGAUGCGCGCCGCCAGAUGGGGAAGCUCACGCAGCUCGAGACGGCGCAUCGCGACCUCAACUCCGAGAUGGACGAGCUCAAGAAGAGUGCACAGCGGCGCCGCGAGAAGAUCGCUGCGCUCAGGGCAGAGGUUGCCCGGCUCGAGGCGGCGCACGCAGAGGAGCAGCCACCAGACGAGGCCGCUUCCGAGGACGCACGGCGGCGGCUCGCCGACCUGCGCGACCGCAAGAUGCAGCUGAACAACGAGAUUGUCGCGGUGCAGGAGGAGCAGACAGCGCUGAUGGCGUCGGGACAGCGCAUCAACCGCCAGCUCGAGCAGUGCGGCCAGCAGCUGAAGGACCUUGACAACGUGGCCUUGAAGCGGCGUGAGGGCCUGCGCCGCUUCCACAACGACAGCUACCGCGCGCUCGAAUGGGUCGAGGCCAACCGCGACAAGUUCAAGCAGCACGUGUUUGCGCCAAUCUGCCUCGAGGCCUCGGUGCAGGACCUGCGCUACGCCAACCUGAUUGAGACUCUGGCGUCGAUGAGCACGCUGCGCACUUUUGUGACGCAGUGCAAGGAGGAUUACCAGACGCUCACGCGCCACGCCAUUGACACCAUGCGCCUGCGCAUCGAUGUGGUCUGCAAUAACAGGAGCCUGAACUCCUUCCUCCCGCCGCACCCAAGUGAGGCAAUCAGAAGCUUGGGCUUUGACGGGUACGCGCUGGACUUUAUCGAGGCGCCGCGCCCGGUUCUGGCGGCCAUGUGCGUCCGCGACAACAUCCACGAGAUCCCGAUUGCUCUGGGCAAUGUUGACAACGAGGCCAUCGGGGCGAACCACAUGUUCGGCGAGUACAUUGCCUGCGGAGUCCGUUCCAAGGUCACCCGCGGGCGCUACGGCUCGCGCGCUGCCUCGGUCAUGACGUCGCGUGUCAAGAACCAAGCGCGGCUCCUGUCCGCUUCGGGCGAGACCGAAGAGACACAGGCAGUUCGGGAGCGCUGCAGCAAGGAGAUCGACGACUUCCGCGACCAGCUGCAGGCCAACGAGCAGAAGAUGAAAAAGAUCAGCCAAAUGGACCAGAAGGUGCGUAAUGCACAUCGCCAGAUCGAGGCGCAGGAGGACGAGCUGCGCCAGGAGCUCGGGCGGAGAAAAGAAGCGCUGCGCACUUGGGAGCGCCAUCGGGUUCAGCUGGAGACCAAGCAAUUGAUGUUGAGGGAGGCCGUCGAAGAGGACCGUCAGGAGGCCAAUGGCGGCACUCAGGCCCAGCGGCGGCAGCGCCAGCAGAUUGCCCAGCGGCUCAAGGACAAUGCCCACCAACGGGCGGACAUCAUUGCAGUCAUAGCCGAUGCUGCCAAAGAGUUGGUCGAUGACAUCCACAAAAUGGUGGCCACCGGCCUCGCCGGCCUCAAGGAUGCUCGCGCCCUGGGCGAACUGCGGGCUGAGGCCGAGCGCCAGCGCGAGGCCAUCACCGAAUCCAAGCGGUUGUUUGACCAGGCCACCGAGGACUUCAAUCUCGCGAAGCAGAACGCCAGGUCUGCGCUCGAGGAAACGCGCACGAUCACUGAGGGUAUGACUGAUCAUGAGCGGCAGGCAGUGCGCGACGCGCAGGCGGAGCGCGGCAACAUGUCCUACGAGGAGCUGGACAUUGAGCUGUCGACAUGUCGCCAGCGGCUGAGCAUGGCAGCCAACAGCGGGCUGUCCUCUCGCGUCAUGGAGAACUACGAGGAGCGCAAGAAGCAGCUCGCUGAGAUGAUCUCCAACCAGCAGCGGCUCGAGCACGAGCUACGCAAGGUGCGCCGGAGAAAGCAGCGCCUGCGCGAACAGUGGGAGGCUCCGCUAGCCGAGAUCAUCUCCAAGAUCGGUCACAACUUUGAGGCCAUGUUUGACCAGAUCGAGUGCAUGGGUGAGAUUCGGCUCAAGCGCGCGGGUGACGGUGUUGUGUAUAACAACAUCCACACCUCUGCUGCAAAUGGCGACAACGACGAUGGCAGUGACAAUGGGCGACCAGCUGUCGUGCCACAGGACGACGAGGACUACAGCAACUGGGGUGUCGAAAUCCGCGUUGCGUUCCGCAAAAACGAGGCGCUGCAGGCGCUGGACAACCACCGGCAGUCUGGUGGCGAACGCGCAGUGUCAACCAUCCUGUACCUGCAGUCGCUGCAGUCGCUGGUCGCAGCGCCCUUCCGCGUAGUCGACGAGAUUAACCAGGGCAUGGACCAGCGCAACGAGCGCCUGGUGCACCGUCUGAUCGUCGAUACCGCGUGCAAGAAGGGAUCGUCGCAAUAUUUUUUGAUCACGCCGAAGCUGCUGCCGGACCUCAGCUACCACCCGCUGAUGAAGGUCCUGUGCAUUUUCAACGGCGAGUGGCAGCCUGAGGCCUUCAACUUCAACAAGUACAUUACCAAUGCCCGCCGGCAACCCACUCACGCUUAAAGCGCUCACUGACUCUGUUGUUUUUAUUCCAUUUGUUUUAUUUAUUUAUUCAA